ACCGCCAACGUCCCACAAUCCUCUGCUCUGGGUUCCUUUUUCCUCUCUCAAGAUGGCGCUGCUCGUGACACAUUCCUGGCGCUGGGCAGCUGCGGCGGCUGCUUUCGAAAAGCGUCGGCACGCCGUGAUUCCGAUCCGGCCUCUAGUCUCUGUCCGGGGCCCAGGUCCACAAUGGAGGUCUCGUCAGCUCGGCGGUUCGGGAACUGCUGGAAACUCCCAGAUCUUGGAGUCAUUAAGACAUACCUCAUGGCAGAAACUAGGAAAAGGCAAUUCAAGACAGUUAUUAGAUGCUACAAGGGCUCUUCAGGCAUGGCCACUGAUAGAAAAGAGGACAUGUUGGCAUGGUCAUGCAGGAGGAGGACUCCACACAGACCCAAAAGAAGGGUUAAAAGAUGUUGAUAGUCGGAAAAUCAUAAAAGCAAUGCUCUCUUAUGUGUGGCCCAAAGACAGGCCAGAUCUACGAGCAAGGGUUGCCAUUUCCUUGGGAUUUUUGGGUGGAGCAAAGGCCAUGAAUAUUGUGGUUCCCUUCAUGUUUAAAUAUGCUAUAGACAGCCUCAACCAGAUGUCUGGAAACAUGCUGAACCUGAGUGAUGCACCAAAUACAGUUGCAACCAUGGCAACAGCAGUUCUCAUUGGCUAUGGUGUAUCAAGAGCCGGAGCUGCCUUUUUUAAUGAAGUUCGAAAUGCAGUAUUUGGCAAGGUAGCCCAAAAUUCAAUCCGAAGAAUAGCCAAAAAUGUCUUUCUCCAUCUUCACAACCUGGAUCUGGCUUUCCACCUGAGCAGACAGACAGGAGCUUUAUCAAAGGCUAUAGACAGAGGGACAAGGGGUAUCAGUUUUGUCCUGAGUGCUUUAGUAUUUAAUCUUCUUCCCAUCAUGUUCGAGGUGACUCUUGUCAGUGGUGUUUUGUAUUAUAGAUGUGGUGCCCAGUUUGCAUUGGUGACCCUUGGGACACUUGGUGCAUACACAGCAUUCACGGUUGCUGUCACACGGUGGAGAACUAGAUUUAGAAUAGAAAUGAACAAAGCAGAUAAUGAUGCAGGUAAUGCUGCCAUAGACUCACUGCUGAAUUAUGAAACUGUGAAGUAUUUUAAUAAUGAAAAUUAUGAAGCACAAAGAUAUGAUGGAUUUUUGAAGACAUAUGAGACUGCUUCAUUGAAAAGUACCUCUACUCUGGCUAUGCUGAACUUUGGUCAAAGUGCUAUUUUCAGUGUUGGUUUAACAGCCAUAAUGGUGCUCGCCAGUCAGGGAAUUGUGGCAGGUACCCUUACUGUUGGAGAUUUAGUAAUGGUGAAUGGACUGCUUUUUCAGCUUUCAUUACCCCUUAACUUUCUGGGAACUGUAUACAGAGAAACUAGACAAGCACUUAUAGAUAUGAACACCUUGUUUACUCUACUCAAGGUAGACACCCGAAUUAAAGACAAAGCGAUGGCAUCUCCCCUUCACAUCACACAACAGACAGCUUCAGUGGCCUUUGAUAAUGUGCAUUUUGAAUACAUUAAGGGGCAGAAAGUCCUUAGUGGAAUAUCUUUUGAAGUCCCUGCAGGAAAGAAAGUGGCCAUUGUAGGAGGUAGUGGGUCAGGGAAAAGCACAAUAGUGAGGCUGUUGUUUCGCUUCUAUGAGCCUCAAAAGGGUAACAUUUACCUUGCUGGUCAAAAUAUACAAGAUGUGAGCCUGGAAAGCCUUCGGAGGGCAGUGGGAGUGGUGCCUCAGGAUGCUGUCCUCUUCCAUAAUACCAUUUACUACAACCUCUUAUAUGGAAACAUCAGUGCUUCACCUGAGGAAGUGUAUGCAGUGGCAAAAUUAGCUGGACUCCAUGAUGCAAUUCUUCGAAUGCCACAUGGAUAUGACACCCAAGUAGGGGAACGAGGACUCAAGCUUUCAGGAGGAGAAAAGCAAAGAGUAGCAAUUGCAAGAGCCAUUUUGAAGGACCCCCCCGUCAUUCUCUAUGAUGAAGCUACUUCAUCAUUAGAUUCAAUUACUGAAGAGACUAUUCUUGGUGCCAUGAGGGAUGCAGUCAAACACAGAACUUCUAUUUUCAUUGCACACAGAUUAUCAACAGUGGUUGAUGCAGACGAAAUCAUUGUCUUGGACCAGGGUAAGGUAGCUGAACGUGGUACCCACCAUGGUUUGCUUGCUAACCCUGGCAGUAUCUAUUCAGAAAUGUGGCAUACACAAAGCAGCCGUGUGCAAAACCAUGAUAACCCCAAAUGGGAUGCAAAGAAAGAAAAUGUGUCCAAAGAGGAGGAAAGGAAGAAACUACAAGAGGAAAUUGUCAACAGUGUGAAAGGCUGUGGAAACUGUUCCUGCUAAGUCACCUGAAACAUUUUAGUUUCAUUUGAUUUCUCUUUUCUUUUCUUUUCUCUUUCUCUUUUUCCCUUCCUCCCUUCCUUCUUUCUUUAUUUUUCCUUGACUACACAUUUGCACUGAAGCAGAAUUAUUUUAUUAAAAAAAAAAUCAUACAUUCCCAUUUUCUAUAAUCCUUCUUUUAGGUAAGAUUUAUUUGAAAAGAGAAUUGAGUUUUACAUCUUUCACGAUCUAUUUAAUGUGACAUUUGUAUUUAUCCCAAAUUAUUUUCUUGUUACUAUCUUAGUUGUGGUCAAAGCAUAAUUUUUGUUACUAUUUGACUUUACUCCAUUUCCAUUUUUGAGGCCUGAUAGCCAUUUGCUAUCCAUACCAGAUGAAUCAGAUUGGUUUACAAAUUUUUUAUAGUUUUUCAAACCUCCUUUAUGCUGACAAUUUAGAUGGAAAGUGUUUCUUAAAAAAAUUUUUUUAAAAAUGAGACUAUGGGUUCAUUGUUUCUCCUCCCCUUCUCCCACUGAAAUACUUAGAUAGAUAACUGUACUUACAUUUUUAAAAUUAUUUGCCACUAUAUACCUUUAAGAGGAAAAUCCUUGAUUCUCACGUUGGUAUGUGGAAUGUUCAUCAUUAACCAGUAUUGUAACUAUCAUCUAGUGGUGGGAAUUUUAUUUUUCCAACAAAUGGGGUGUUGUUUUUUUUUUUUUUUGGACCAAAAUUUAUACAUUUCUCUUUAAAGACUCACAAACUGAUGUAAUUUGAGAGUUACCAUAGUGGGAGUGAUCUAAAAAGCUUAGGAAGUUAAUUGCCUUUUCUAUUUCCAUCUUAAAUGCACUGUUUUUGCUAUCUGAAGUUAUACAAAGAAACAACCAAAUGGGAUGUGUGCAUGCAUGCAUGUGUGUGUCAGCACACACACGUGUAUAAAGAAAGCAACACCAACUUAAAAUUAUUAAUGACCUUUAGGCAAAUAGGAGAGGAUUACACAUAUAUUUAGAUGAUCAGGACUCUAAUCUGUGUUAACACUUCAGAAUUACUUUAUUACCAGGUUUUCCCUUCCUUUUUCAGUAGUUUAAUGAGUUCCUUUAAGCUUGAAAUAACAAGGAGGAGCCCAAACAAGAUAAUCAAGUUUUACUGGCUAGAAAUAACUAAUAAAAUGUUGUUAUAUAUUUACUUAGAAAGCAUCUCUCCUUUUCCAACUUGAAUUUGCUUUAAUUUGUUUGGUAGUAAUCAUUCAGCUUGAAAAACUUAUGUAUCUCAUGAACAGCCACAUAAGUAUGUAAUGAGGCUGUAUUUCUCAGAAAAGGUCUUAUUUAUUUUAUUGACCUAUGGUUUUAUUGUGUUUUAAAUGAUAAUUUGGUAUGGGUGAGACUAAUUUUUUUCUGAUUUGUAUUGUCAUUAGUAGGUAGAUAUCUAAACUUAUCUAACUCGGGUCUCCAAUUUUGUUAUACAAAGGUGAUUUGAUAAGUAGCUUGAAGCCAGUAUUUUAUGGUUAGUCUUUGAUGGCAGAGUAAGUGGUGCAGGAUUUUGCUUUUGGAGUUGGAGUUAACACUGAGAAGCAUAAUCAGCUACAAAAUGGGGGGUUUUGGACAUUUCUUACUAUGAAGCCAUAGAUGUGAUUGCUUUUCUGAGCAGCAACAACAACACAAAAACAUGUCCUUUGAAUAACCCAGCUGCAUUACUGGAAAUGUGGUUAGUUUAGAUAGAAAUUUUGCUUCUGUUAAUUCAUUCUAUACAUUUCCACUGCUGUUGAUGGGGAAAAUAAUUAGCUUAGUUGCAUAAUCAAGCAGGUAAGAUCAAAGUAAUUAUUAGUAAUAUUCAUUAUGAAUGUGAACAGUGGUAUUCAAAGUAAGUGCUUUUGUGAUAUGAGAAACAUAUAGUCAAAGAAGGAUAGGAAUGUUUUUAGAGUGGGGAUAAUUUCUUCACUGAGUUUUUUUUUAAUUUAUUUAUUUUAUUGGCUGUGUUGGGUCUUUUUUGCUGUGCACGGGCUUUCUUUUUUUUAGGUGCAGUGAGUGGGGGCUACUCUUCAUUGUGGUGCGCGGCUACUCUCUGUUAUGGUGCGUGGCUCCUCUCCGUUGUGGUGCGUGGCUCCUCAUUACUGUGGCUUCUCUUGUUGUGGAGCAUGGGCUCUAGGCGCGUGGGCUUUAGUAGUUGCAGCACACGGGUUCAAUAGUUGUGGCUCACGGGCUCUAAAGCGCAGGCUCAGUAGUUGUGGCACACAGGCUUAGUUGCUUCGCAGCAUGUGGGAUCUUCCUGGAGCAGGGAUCGAACCCGUGUCCCCUGCAUUGGCAGGCGGAUUCUCAACCACUGUGCCACCUAGGAAGCCCUUCACUAAGAGAUUUGAAGCUAUUUUCUUUUUAUAUGAUUGGAGGUGGUCUCUAGACCAUUGUGGUCAUUAACCAGUAUUUUCAUCUAAUAAAAAUUUAAAUUACCUGAAAAGCACAGUUAUUGUAGGGGCCACAACUAAGUCUUAAAUAUUUUUCUCUUAACUCCAUCUUAUUAAGGUGGUUGUAUACGGUGACAUAAAGACAAAUUAAAAUGAAAGAAAAGCUUCCUAAGAUGAUUCACUUAGAGGAAAUGCCAAGAAAAGGGACAUUUAUUAUAAUGUACUAAUUUUACAUUACAAUAUUAUACACUCACACAAAAGUACAAAUUUCUAAAUCAGUGUUGCAACAUAAUGUUUUCUUAAUGUCUUGGGAUGAAUAAGCUACAAUUUUGGAAUAUGGACUCUGAAAAUGGAGCAAGGGAUAGGGUUUUGUUUCUUAAUAUCCCUUUAUUUUUAAGAAUGAAAAUUUUAACUUUCUUCUUAAGGGAAUCCCAGUUUACAAAUAUUAAAUUGAAACCAAGGUAAUUUGGGAUCAUAAAAACUGGGCCUCAUGCCUUCCUGAAGGUUUUUAACAUAGAAAUAUCUUGGUGAACAGAUGGGCUCAUUUGGAAAUUUUUGAACAGCUCAAGUCUGAGGGUCAUUUGUGAGAAUGAGAAAGAGGCCUUAACAUUUGGGUAAACUCAAAAUACUCAUUUACUUUUCCUCUGCAGAGCUUUGCACCUUUUCUGUACCUUUUGUUAAGUAUUUUACCUUUUUCCUUAGAUGCUGACAAAGCUCAGUUUGUGAAGAUUUAAAAAUAUGUUUUGCUUUUGAAGGCAAGAUAUUUAAAGAUUAUAUGAUUCCUUAUUUCUGGAUCACUUUGCACACACUGGCAUCUUGCUCCUAUCCUUCCUUAUUGCUGGAUUUCUCAGGGAGUAGCAACUUUUGCCAGUGUAUAUUCAUAAUUCUCUUACCUUGUAGCUUUAUCAUAGGAUAUUCUUUUAUGGAUUAUUAGUUGAAAGCAUUUAAAUAUGUUUGCAAUGGUAGCUUUCUUAAGUUAUAGAAAGGUCCCUUCUCUCCCUGCUUUGACUAUAUAGAUUUUGAAUGUAAACUGUAUAGUAAAUGAUGAUAUAAAGUCAAGUAAGCUGGUUAAAACUUUUAAGACAAAAUGACUCAGUGAAGGAGGCUUUUUACCACAGAUUUAUUGUUACAACAAUCUGUGCAGAUAGUCAGUACUAAAUAAACAAUGUCAUUGUGAC